UUGGCUUGUACUCGUUGCUCGCAAGGCAUUCUGGGUACUGUCAUGGUAGCUGGCGCUUAAUGUUGCCAAAACGUUUCGGUACCUGGUUUUAGUUUUGUUGUUUUCUAAACGUUUUAAGUGCGUUUGGUAGCUUUAAUUGUUCAGUGUCUUUGUUGUUAAUACUGCCAUUAGCCAUGGCUUCCACCGCGGCGGGCAAACAGCGGAUACCGAAGGUGGCGAAGGUGAAGAAUAAAGCUCCCGCAGAGGUUCAGAUCACCGCCGAGCAGCUGCUCAGGGAAGCCAAAGAGAGGGAGCUCGAACUUCUGCCGCCGCCACCCAAACAGAAGAUCACCGAUGAGGAGGAGCUGAACGAUUACAAACUCAGGAAGAGGAAGGGGUUUGAGGACAACAUCAGAAAGAAUCGCACUGUCAUCAGUAACUGGAUCAAAUACGCACAAUGGGAGGAAAGCCUGAAGGAGAUCCAGAGGGCCCGUUCCAUUUACGAGCGAGCGCUGGACGUCGACCACCGCAACAUCACUCUGUGGCUGAAGUAUGCCGAGAUGGAGAUGAAGAGCCGGCAGGUGAACCACGCCCGCAACAUCUGGGACAGAGCCAUCACCAUCCUCCCGCGUGUCAACCAGUUCUGGUACAAGUACACCUACAUGGAGGAGAUGCUGGGGAACGUCGCCGGCUGCAGGCAGGCGUUCGAGCGCUGGAUGGAGUGGGAGCCCGACGAGCAGGCCUGGCACUCCUACAUCAACUUUGAGCUGCGCUACAAGGAAGUGGACAAAGCUCGCACCAUUUAUGAGCGAUUCGUCAUGGUUCAUCCCGAGGUGAAGAACUGGAUCAAGUACGCUCGUUUUGAAGAGAGGCACGGCUACAUCGCCCACAGCCGGAAGGUGUACGAGAGGGCGGUGGAGUUCUUCGGAGAGGUUCAUGUGGACGAAAACCUCUUUGUGGCCUUCGCCAAGUUCGAGGAGACACAGAAAGAGUUUGAGCGCGUCCGGGUGAUCUAUAAGUACGCUCUGGACAGAAUCCCCAAACACCAGGCGCAGGAGCUCUUCAAGUUCUACACCAUGUUCGAGAAGAAGUUCGGAGACCGGAGGGGAAUCGAGGACGUCAUCGUCAGCAAACGAAGGUUCCAGUAUGAGGAGGAAGUCAAGGCGAACCCACACAACUACGACGCGUGGUUCGAUUACCUGCGCCUGGUGGAGAACGACGCCGACCCCGACACGGUGCGAGAUGUUUACGAGAGGGCCAUCGCCAACAUCCCCCCCAUCCAGGAGAAGAGACACUGGAAGAGAUACAUCUACCUGUGGAUCAACUACGCGCUGUACGAAGAGCUGGAGGUCAAGGAUCCUGAGAAAACGAGGCAGGUGUACCAGGCCUCUCUGGACCUCAUCCCGCAUAAAAAGUUCACGUUCGCUAAGAUUUGGCUGCUCUACGCUCAGUUUGAGAUCCGGCAGAAGAACCUGCAGGGAGCCCGAAAGGUCAUGGGUACAGCGAUCGGCAAAUGCCCGAAGAACAAACUGCUGAAGGGCUACAUCGAGCUGGAGCUGCAGCUGCGCGAGUUUGACCGCUGCAGGAAGCUCUACGAGAAGUACCUGGAGUUCAGCCCGGAGAACUGCACCACCUGGAUCAAGUUCUCCGAGCUGGAGACCAUCCUGGGAGACGUCGAGAGAGCCCGCGCCAUCUUCGAACUCGCCAUCGGACAGCCGCGGCUGGACAUGCCCGAGGUGCUGUGGAAGUCCUACAUUGACUUUGAGAUUGAGCAGGAGGAGUUUGGAAACACCCGGAACCUUUACAAAAGGCUGCUGCAGCGCACCCAGCACGUCAAGGUUUGGAUCAGCUACGCCAAGUUCGAGCUGUCGAUCGACAGCGGCGAGCGGCUAGAGAAGUGCCGGCAGAUCUACGAGGAAGCCAACAAGGGCAUGAGGAACUGCGAGGAGAAGGAGGAGCGGCUGAUGCUGCUCGAGUCCUGGAGGGACUUUGAGAGGGAGUUUGGCUCCGACAGCACCAUGGACAGAGUCCGGAAGCUGCUGCCAGAGAAGGUGAAGAAGAGGAGGAAGCUGACGGCCGAGGACGGGUCGGACGCAGGCUGGGAGGAGUACUACGACUACAUCUUCCCAGAGGACGCGGCCAACCAGCCCAACCUCAAGCUGCUGGCCAUGGCAAAGAUGUGGAAGAGGCAGCAGAUUCAGGAGGACGAAAGUCCAGAAAAGUCUCCCGAAGCGGCCGAAGAGACGACAUCGCCGCCCUCCGGCGAGCCCGCAGCUGCUCCCGAGAACCUGCCGGAAAACGACUCGGACAGAAACACAGCGGCGGAACAGGAACAGGAGAAGACGUUUGAUGAUCGAGACGACAGCGACAGCAGCAGCGAGAGUGACAGUAAUGAAGAAGAUGAUGGGAAGAAAAAGGGGGAAGAGAACGGAAAGAAAGAGGAGGGCGGAGAUGAAGAUAAAGAGUAGAUUCAUGUUUCCCCGCUCAAACGUUCAGGAUGACGCUCAUCCUGGAUUCAUUUUUCUACUGAAUGUUUUCUUUAACAAAACCAGCUCACGAGAAGUCUUUAUUGUAUGACCAUGUUUUCUGCAUUAUACAAACGUCAAUUCAA